GUUGAAAUAAAUGUGAAACCAGUGUGAGCGCGUGGUUAAUCUGGGAGCAAUAAUAUAUAUUGUAAAAGUUUGUGAAUCUUUGGACCUCUUUUGUGUGUGUUUGUAUGAUGAAAUAAGCCGACGAUGGAUUGGAAGUGAUAGACCCUUCUAUGAAGACUAGUGUAAAAAAAUGGCAUUAGAUCAUUAGUUUUGAUAAAUAUAUAUGUGAAUUUCAGGGACUAGAAGUUUAUAAGCAUGUAGGGACUAUUAAUUUAAUUUUUUUAAAGAAGAUGAUAUGUUAUUAAAGUGUAAUUAGGAUAAAAGAAUAGUUUUUGCGUAAAUAAUAAAGUCGGUCGCGUUGAAUUGACCUAUUAAACUUCUCCACCUGACCGAGUUUUUGAUUCUUAAUAGUUUUCGUUAAUUUUAAUAAAAUUGGAUUACAAUGUUUAUUUAUAAAAAAUAUUACUAAAUUCAUUGUAUCGCGUAAUUUAAAUGAAAGGUAAAAAAACUUUUGAGCUCCUAUUAGGUGUGAAAUAGUCCGAUAUGGCGCUUUAAUAUGACCGCUUUUCCGUAACCUUUUGUAUUGUCAAGGCCGCACAAUUUUCCGGGUCAAACCUGGUCACAUGACUUUUUUUUUUAAUUUUAAAUUUAGGAACAAAAUCAUUUAAAAAAAAAAAAACUUAACUAAAUUUUUAACAGCUCUGAGCUCAGCUGGAAAAUUAAAACUAUUAUACGUAUUAAAUUUUCCGUAACCUUUUGUAUUGUCAAGGCCGCACAAUUUUCCGGGUCAAAACUUGUAAAAUGACUUUUUUUUUUAAUUUUAAAUUUAGGAACAAAAUCAUUUAAAAAAAAAAAACUUAACUAAAUUUUUAACAGCUCUGAGCUCAGCUGAAAAAUUAAAACUAUUAUACGUAUUAAUAUUAAAUGUAACAUAGAAAUAGUAUGUAACUCCUUUGUUACAUUAUGUCAUGUAUCGUUUUAUUAAAAGCAAUAUAUAUAUAUAAUAUAGGCAUUUAAUAUAUUAUAGACUAUAAAAUAUAAGUAGUAUACAUUUUAUUCACGGACGGAAAAGCGUUUACGUUUGAAAAAAAAAUACAUUGCGAAUUCCUGGCAACUCCCACUAAUAAAAGGGAGGUUUCUGAUGGAUGGAAGGACACACCUCUGUCUAUAAUUAUAAGGGGGGGGGCAUGUAAAUUAACGUAUGCGGCAAUAAAGUUAAUAGAGGCCUGCUUUUUUUAAACAUUUACUUUAAAUUACAUUACAUAUUUAUUCCAUUUUCAUUAAUCUAAACCAUGACUCUAGUUAAAUAGCCAAUUUAUUUAAUUAAUAAAGUAGUCCUAUGCCUUUAAUUUAAUAAUUUAAUAGUUUAUUUUUCAAAAGAGUCUAAAAGUUAUAUUGUAUUCUUGUUCGGAUUUAUAUUAAAUUAUACUAUAAAUAGUAAUAAUCAUAAAUGACAAUUAAAUAAUGUUGAAGUUUGCAGACUCCAAAGUUAAUUUAUUCCACAUGACAUUAAAAUUAUGAGAUCUAUACUCUUAAAAUAAAUGACUUAAAAGGGUCUAAAGACACUGAAGUGGGAUAAAAUUAAAGCUAUUUUAAUUUUGCAAAAACUUUGUAUUAUUUAUUAAUUUAUAAUUUUAAAAAAAUUUGUAACUAUUUUUUAUUCUAAUUUUGCCAUGUCCAAGUUUUAAAUAUUGUUCAUAUCUAUUUAUUUAUAUAUUUUAUUUUCAAUUUAUCUCUAUUAGGAUUACUAGGCGCAGGACAUUGAGCUGAUGAUUGUACAUUUCAAUAAUCUGUUCUGUCAAGACUAAGGAUUUUCUUUCCAAAAGGAUUGAUAACUGAAAAAUCAGCAUGGAGGACAAGGAAAGUCAAGUUUUUGAAAACAAAUCUGAGAAUCAGUCUGUUGUUAUGAGUAGAAUUAAAGACACUGAAGAAACAGAAUCAAAAAUAGUAAAUGAUUUGAAUGAAAACGGAGACAUUUCAGCUCACAUGGGUCUUCAUUCUAAAAAUGAUGUCUGCAUGAUGCCUGGACUCCCACCAAUAGACAUAAAUGAAUUGGCACAAGUGUUACGAGGCCCAAACAUGCCUGCACAAAAAAUUAUGAAAGAAGUUGCUGAUCAGAUAAUUAGGAAGAGUGAAGAAAGUGAAAGUGAUGAUGGUUCUGUCGGCAGUGGUCGAGGAGUAGUUGGAAUGAAGGGAAUCUUUGAUUGCAUUUUGGAAGUCUCCCUUAUGCAGCAGGAUUCAGAUAACUCUGAUGAAGAAGAAGAUGAGGAAAAUGAGAAUAUUACACGGGAAAUACCAUGCAGAUUCUGUAAUAAAAUAUUUGGUAAUAGCAUGUCAUGGAAAACUCAUGUCUUAGUUGUGCAUCCGCAGCAAGACCCUUCUGUCCUAAACAAAAAAUGGAUUACAAACAACGAAGAGGACAAAAAAGAGAAAAACCACGCUGCACACAAGAGAGGCUCCAGAAGUUCAUCAAAAUCUGACUGUGAUUCAAGAUCUCGUCAUCCUUCUAAGACGGAAAGUAAGCUUUUUGAGCAGCCAGAAGGAGAAGAGAAUUCUCCUAUCGGGAAGAGGCGGUCAUCCCUCUCGAAGUUUCAACAGAAACCAUCAAAAGCAUCUGAUGCAACACAAACAGACUUAUCAUCAAAGAAAGCAGACUCACAACCAGUUGAUGAAGACAUGUCAAGGAGAAAUUCAGCUUUGGAAGGAUUAGACUGUCCCAAUGUUGAAUGCAGAGGGCAGAGUCCAAAAGAAGUGGUUGAAUUAAGUCAGAUGGACAGUCCAAAGACUGAAAUGAGAACUGAAAUGGAUUCUGUUUCAUCCCCAUCUUCCACCUCAUCUGAACUUCUCUUGAAAAUUAAUUCUUCCCCAAGCUUAAGACCAAAAGAUUCCAGUUCAAAGCGUAAACUAUCGGAUUCAGAUUGCAGUAGUGAUGCCACCAAAAAAAAAUCAAAAGGAAGUUACAAAUCUUCAAACAAGAUGUCAUCUAAGCACUGAAAUAACUUUCUUUUUUUAAAUUGACUAAUUCAAAUAAAUAUAGUCUUAAUAAAAUGUUAUAAAUAUUAAUUAAGUUAAACAAAUUGUCUUGAUAAUCACAGCUUAGUAAUUUAAACUAGUUUUCACCCUUAAAUUUCUUUAUUUAAAAAAAAAAUAAAUGCCUACCUUUAUAAAAAAAAGUAGCAUCAGCUUGCCCUUAUUAACUUAUAAAUUACAUCCCUUUAAAAAAUAAAAAUAAAUAAUAAUCUUCUGUUUUGAAAUAUAAAUUGCUCCUUUGAUUAGUCAGUGUACUUUUUAAGGCCGAAGAUCAAUUUCAUUUCUAUUAAUAUUUGACAGAUUUCUUAGGAUAAAUUUUUAAUAUAAAAUAUAAUCUAGUACAUUCAAGAAGUAAAAUGUGAGAGAAUAUUAUUACCCACUGAUGCUUUGUGUGAAAUGUAUUUAAGGAAAGAAAGAUUUUUUUUUAAAAUUCUGAAAUGUAUGAU